GGGAGGUGGGACAAGGUGGGCCAGAGACCCCGGAAUCCUGGCCCCACCAUGACUCCAGGCCACCGAGCACCCAGCCCUGCCCUCCUCCGUGUGCUGCUGGCCCUGCUGCUGGGCGGCCCUGCACUGGCCUCGGAGAUCGUGGGCGGCCGCCCCGCACGGCCCCACUCCAGGCCCUACAUGGUGUCACUGCAGCAGCGGGGAGGACACUUCUGUGGUGGGACCCUGAUCGCCAGGAACUUCGUGAUGUCCGCUGCGCACUGUGUGAAUGGCCUAAACUUCCGGUCAGUGCAGGUGGUACUGGGUGCGCACAACCUGCGGCGGAGCGAGCGAACCCGGCAGAACUUUGGUGUCCAGCGGAUCUUUGAGAAUGGCUUCGACCCCACACUCUUGAUCAAUGACAUCGUAAUUCUCCAGCUCAACGGGUCGGCCACCGUCAACGACAACGUCCAGGUGGCUCAGCUGCCCUCCUUCAUCCGCGGCAGCUGCGGCUCCGGCUUCUACCCAGACGCCUUUGCCCCGGUGGCAGAAUUCGCAGACUGGAUCAACUCCAUCAUCCGCCCAGGCCAGCAUGGCCCCCCUCCCCACCCCAGAGUCCCCACGAGCAGGACCCCCUAGGAAUGGGCCACCUCCGCCUUCCCACCACAUCUGGCACAAUAAAAGCCCCACCGUUUUGUAAAGCGAGUCUGGUGUCCCUGUCGGUGGUCCCAUCGCCCCUGAGGAAUGGUGGUACAGUGGAGUCUCAGUUGGUGGCACAAUCAGGGUGGGGCCGGGAAAAGAAACCGGUCUUUCCCCUCACUCCCACUUUUUGUUAUUUUGUUAAACUAGGUCCUUUGGGCUGGCCUUGAACUUGCCC